AAUAAAAAUUCAAGACCUGAAUCUGAAAGCUUUUCUUAUCUUUACUCGAUUAUUUCAUAACCGCGGACGUACAUCAUGCUCCCUGUAAGAACUCCUUUGAUGACUCUCUGAACUAGAUAAGAUUCUUGUUUUCCACACAGCUCAUAUAUGCAGUCUUAUUUUCUAAAUGCCCAACUAUGAUAUGCGAUUUAAAAUGUUUUCGAGUGUUUUCUUCAUCCUGCUCUUCUUCUCAAACUCAGAUCUUGGCAUUAAUCUUACAUUUGUCUCUGGCCAAUGUCUUCAAGACCAGAAACAAUUGCUGCUGCAGUUAAAAAACAAUCUCACAUAUGAUUCUUCAUUAUCAACUAAGCUGGUGCAGUGGAAUGAGUCUAUUGAUGACUGCUGUGGGUGGCCUGGGGUGAAAUGCGACACCAGGGGUCGUGUUUCCAGUCUUGAUCUCAGUGGCGAGUCAAUCACUGACGGAAUUAAUGAUGCUGGAAGCAGUCUUUUCAGGCUUGUGUUUCUUGAGAACCUGAGUUUAGCUCAAAACAGCAUCGGUGCUAUUGAUUUGCCGUUCGGGUUUGGAGAGCUGACAGAGUUGCGUUAUCUGAACCUGAGUAAUUCUGGGUUUUCUGGUCAAAUUCCAUUGGAUUUCUCAAAUUUAACGAGGCUAAGAGAACUUUACCUUGAUGGGGUGAAUAUUUCUGCAAAAGGGUCUGAAUGGUGCAAUGCUAUAUCAUCUUCUCUGCCCAAUCUAAGAGUUUUGAGCUUGUCCAAUGCUUAUCUUACAGGCCCUAUCGAUUCUUCGCUGGUAAAACUUCGAUCCCUCUCAGUUAUACGUCUUGAUGGCAACAAUUUCUCUUCUCAAAUCCCGGAAUUCUUUGCAGAUUUUCCUAGUUUGAGGAUUUUAACAAUAAGCUCCUGUAACUUAUUUGGAGUGGCACCUGCUAAACUAUUCCAAGUCAAGAGUCUGGAGACGCUUGACCUAAGUGGAAAUGGGGAUCUUGAAGGUUCUUUGCCUGAAUUUCCGUUGAAUAGUUCUCUUCAGCAUCUGUUGCUUAGUAACACAAAGUUCUCAGGCAACGUGUCAGAGUCUAUAGACAGUCUUAGAAUGUUGUCAAAUAUUGAUCUUGGCGGUUGCAGUUUUUCUGGGCCAAUUCCUAGUUCAAUCAAGAACCUUACUCAACUUGUCAGUUUGCACUUCUCUGCAAAUCAUUUUGUUGGUUCUAUUCCAUCAUUUGCUUUCUUGAAGAAUCUUACAGAGAUAGACCUUAGUGGAAACCGUUUAACAGGUCAAAUUCCUGACUCCCUCUGGGAAGGCCUUGAGAAACUAGAAUUUCUUGACUUGAGCGGGAAUACACUAGAGGGCGAACUUCCAGCAUCUCUAUUUGUUCUGCCAUCCAUUAAAGUCUUGCAUCUCAACAACAACAGCUUUUCUGGUGUAAUCAGGGACUCAUUCAAUAGUUCUUCUUCUCCACUAGAAGUCCUUGAGUUGAAUGUCAACAAUUUAGAAGGUCCAAUACCUCGGAUUUUGUUUGAACUCCGAAAUCUUUUGAGUCUCUCUCUGUCUGCAAACAAGUUUAAUGGAUCCGUGCAGCUGACUGAUUUUCGAAAGCUGACAAAUCUUGUCUAUCUUGAUCUUUCCUACAACUACCUGUCUGUACAGGUCAGCGAAACAGCAGCCAUUCCUUCAUUGUUUCCCCGGUUAGGAACUCUAAUGUUGGCAUCUUGCAACCUGCAGAAAUUGCCCCUACUGAGGAAUCUAUCGUCAUUAAUGGUUCUAGAUCUGUCAGACAAUCAACUACAUGGUGAAAUUCCUAAUUGGAUAUGGGAAGUUGGCGAUGGAGUCCUCCGCAUCCUCAAUCUUUCUCAUAAUCAAUUCAGUCAUCUUCAAGAACCUUAUGCUUUUCGCAACCAUCAUUACCUCGAUCUACAUUCCAACAUGCUUCCUGGGGAAAUCCCAGUUCCACCACGAACUGCUGUCUUUGUAGACAUGUCAAGCAACAACUUUUCAUCUCCUCUCCCUGCCAACAUCGGUUAUUCACUUACAUCUUCCUUUUUCUUCUCAUUAGCAAAUAAUAAGAUCCUCGGGACAAUCCCACCUUCGUUGUGUAACGCAACCCGCCUCCGAAUACUAGACCUGUCAAAUAACAGGUUGCAUGGGAAAAUACCCUCCUGUUUAUUUGAAAACACUCUUGGCGUGUUGAACUUAAGAAGAAACAAUGUCAUUGGAGAUAUACCUGAUACAUUUCCUGUCGGCUGUGGUUUGGAGACUCUGGAUCUCAGUUGGAAUACUUUACAAGGAAAAGUUCCUAAAUCUUUGACAAGAUGCACAGAGAUGGGGGUCUUAAACCUGGGCAACAAUGACUUGAACGACAAUUUCCCCUGCUGGCUCAAGAACUUGACUGGACUUCGUGUUCUUGUGUUAAGUAACAAUAAGUUUCAUGGAAAUAUUAGCUGCCUGGGGGACAGUAUUACCUGGCCGAAUCUUCAAAUUGUCAACAUUGCUUCUAAUGCGUUCAACGGUGUUUUGCCUGAGAAUCUGUUCAGAGACCUGAAAGCUUUAUCAGUUGAUCAAGAUGGGCUUGAUCACUUGAACUUUCUCUUCCUAACAGCAAGCCAUAUUUACUAUCAGGAUUCUGUGACACUUACCCUCAAGGGACUGGAUGUUGAGCUGGAAAAAAUCCUAAACAUCUUUACCGCAGUCGACUUCUCCAACAACCAUUUCUCAGGCAUAAUUCCUGAAACAAUAGGAGAGCUGAAAUCCCUCUAUGUUCUCAACUUGUCACACAAUGCUCUCUCCGGUCACAUCCCGGGAUCAAUAGGCAAUCUGGAGGACCUCGAAUCGUUAGACCUCUCGUUCAACAAUCUGGAAGGCGAAAUUCCGCAGCAGCUAGCAAGCCUUACAUUCCUCUCAUUCUUGAACUUGUCAUACAACAACUUAGUUGGAAGGAUUCCACAAGGCAGCCAAAUACAGACGUUUGCCACGAGUUCGUUUCUUGGAAAUGAGGGGCUCUGUGGAUUUCCCUUGAACAGAACUUGCACGGAUCAUUCUGGCUCACCAGCGUUUCAACAUCCAACAUCAGAAGAAGAGGAGCAGAAAGCUUUGGACAAUGGGAUAUACAUAAGUGCUGCAUUGGGAUUUUUUGUGGGUCUAGGAGUCAUCUUCUGGCCACUUGUCUUUUCUAAAAGAUGGAGGAGGUGUUAUUACAAUUUUGUCGAUAAAGCUGUCAUGCUGGUUCUGCGGCCGCACCACCAUCAACUGGAAGACUGGUGAGAGAAUCUUGUGAACAACGAGAGAAUUGUAUCAGCUGGACGUUGAUUGGUGUUGAAUGAUACCUGUGCCGUUAAUAACUGGUGUAAAUCAUUCAAAACCGUGUAAUUACCGAAUCUAGUGAUUAAAAAAGAUUAAGAGGGGAUGAUCAGUUUACGGAAAAUGAAUCCUUAAUUUACUUCACUUGCUUGAGUUUUGGCCUAAGGUUCCAUCUUUUUA